GCUUUAAGUCGCUUAAUGAGAUUAAAUGAUGGUUACGAGUGUCUGAACGGUAGUUAAAUCAGCGAGAAAAACAAAUUCUUACAUUCUGUUAAAAUUACUGGUCAAAAUGUUAAGGAAAAUAAGCGCCAACGUAGUACUGGUUUUGUUGCUGUGUGAGUGCUUUAUCUGUGGCUUUGUUCCUGCUCCAAGUAAUAUCAGUUUAACAUGCCACAAUUUUCAAAACAUUUUCUACUGGAACUACAGUGAGCCAAAUCUACAGCCGGAAUUCAUCAUAACAGUUAAAGGCUAUAAAAGUGGUAUCCAGUUUGUACGCACAAAUCAGACCUACCUGGAUGUUAGUGACUACAGCAGGGUUGUUGAUGACGUGUAUUUGGUGUCAGUGACAGCUCAAGUGGGUGAAUCUCAAAGCAUAACAUCAGAAAAUAUUGACUUCACCUAUUAUGAAGACUUUAACAGUAAAAUCACAUGUGUGAUGGAUUUUCCAACUCCAAAUGUGACUGUCUUGGAACACAAAGUUAAAUUUUCUUUUUACAAUCCCUUUUCCAUCUAUAAAGUGAACUUUUUACAGGAUGUGUUCACAUACACUGUCACUUAUAACGAGACUACGAGCUAUCAUGACUGUUUUGAGGAUCAAGAUUUGUGCACAGAGGAGAUUGACCUCCAAGAAAGCCUUUUUGGACAGUGCAUUUCUCUACAUUUUAAGGGAUCUAUUAGCAUUUCGACUAAUAUUACCAGAGAGUGCUGUGGCGAAAGCAUGGAUUCCCCCAAAACUGAUUGGGCUAUUAUUUUAACCAUACUGGCAUGUAUUGGAUUUGCCAUUGCGAUUUUAAUACUAACAGGAGCUGUAUUUAUCAAGAAUCUGACUAAACCAGACACAGAAAGUAAUGGUGCAAUAUUACCCAAACAUCUGGACCUUGGGACUGCUGAUCGGGUUGUUCACAUACCUGAACAGCCUGUUCUGUCUCAAGUCACAUCCGAUGGUUGGACUCCUCUAAUAGAGAGUAAUCAGGAUUUCCCUCCACAAACUAGCAACACAUUUGAGGAGAUCACUCACAUACCCCUCAACAACUCUUCAUCUACAGAGUCAGCUGGAGAGCAGGAGCCUGACGAGGAAGAUACUAGAGAUGAGGAUGGUACUGAAAGCUUUUCAGGCUAUGACAGCAAAAAAUUCCUAGUGGAUAUGGGCUCGGGAGAUGUAGUAGAUGCCUAUGGACCACGCUAGCUUGCAAGUUGAGUAAUGUUAGAUUCUGAUUGAGGUGAAUUUAGA